UCGGAGAAGCAGCUAGCUGGAGAUGAUGUCCCAUUUGUCUUUUUGACUUUUAAUGAAGGACUGCAAGAUGCUGCUGUUUACUCUUUUGAUGUGCUUUACUCCGAGCGUACUGGGACAACUGGAGGAAAACCAGUCUGCAGAUGAUAUGGACAUGGAUUUGGCAGACUUUGAUUUAGACAUUGCUCCACGCAGGGUCCCACGGCAGGUAAAAACUAUUCUAACCAAGGAAACCAAACCUCACAUCCAGGAACUCUCCAUCAAGACUACCAUCAUCUCCCGUUACGCCUUCACCGCGGUGUACUGCGCCAUGCUCAAUCGGCACUCCGCCGCCACUGAAGGCAUCUUCCAGUUCCAGAUCCCUGCCAAUGCCUACGUCUCUAACUUCACCAUGAUCAUUGGAGGCCGUGUCUACCAGAGCGAGGUCAGGUCGAAGGAAAAGAGGGUCAAACAGGAGAACGGGAAGGCAAAAAAAGACUCAGGUGAUGCAAGCUCAGAGCCGGAGGUGGAGGUCUUCAGGAUGGCAGCCAGUAUCCCAGGCCGGAACCGGGCGAUCUUCCUGCUCACGUACGAGGAGCUUCUGCAGCGCCGGCUGGGGCGUUACGAGCAUGUGACCAGUAUUCGGCCCAUGCAGUUGGUCAGUCGCCUCAAUCUGGAUGUCACCAUUGUUGACCACUCCCCCAUCACCCACCUGGAGGUGCUGCCUCUUCGUAACAGCAGGACACAGGCCAUUGCUGCAGCUGGGACUAAUGCACCAAAGACACCAGCCAAGCCUGAACCACCCAUCACCACUGCGAUCAAAAAUGAAAAGAACAUCUGCAAAAUCACCUUCAGCCCCAACAUCGUCCAGCAGGCCAAGAUCACCACCAACGGCAACCUGGGAGAUUUUGUGAUCCGUUAUGAUGUCGAGAGAGAACUGGGGAUCGGAGACAUACAGGUUUUAAACGGCCAUUUUGUCCACUACUUUGCUCCCAAAGACCUGCCUGUUGUGCCCAAGAAUGUGGUGUUUGUGAUCGACACCAGCGCCUCCAUGUUGGGGACGAAAAUAAAACAGACUAAAGAUGCUCUGUUCACCAUUCUGAGGGAUCUGCGUCCUGAGGAUCACUUCAACUUCAUCAGCUUUUCCAACAAGGUUAAAGUUUGGCAGCCAAAUCGUCUGGUACCAGUCACACCACUUAAUGUCAGAGAUGCCAAGAAGUUUAUUUACAUGCUGAUGCCUACUGGAGGUACAAAUAUCGACGGUGCGAUCCAGACAGGCUCCACUCUGCUUGGUGAUUACCUCUCGGGCUUUAAUUCCAGCCCAAACAGCGUGUCUCUCAUUAUUUUCCUGACUGAUGGACGGCCCACUGUGGGGGAAAUGCAGUCUACGGCAAUCCUGGGAAACACUCGCUCAGCGGUUCAGGAGAAGUUCUGCAUCUUCACCAUCGGUAUUGGGAAUGACGUGGAUUACAGGCUGCUGGAGCGCAUGGCUUUAGAAAACUGUGGUAUGAUGAGACGGAUCAACGAGGAUGCAGACGCUAGUGCCAUGCUCAAAGGGUUCUAUGAUGAGAUAGGAACUCCUCUACUGUCUGACAUCAGGAUCAACUACACUGAGGAUUCAGUCGAGUACGUCACCCAGCAUCUCUUCACCAACUACUUCAAUGGAUCUGAGAUUGUCAUCGCUGGCAAACUGACAAACCAGAGUGCAGAAUCACUCCAUGUCCAGGUCACCGCAAGCAACAAUGACAAGAGUAUAAUCCUGGAGACCGAUGUUCCUCUGCGGCACCGUCAAAUAGAGACAGAGAAGCACGUGAAAGCCGCCACAGCAGCAAUGGCAGGGGGAGCCAGGCUUCCAGGGUCAGGGGUCCAGCAGGCAUUAGGGGACGCUUUGGGGUCAAUUGCAGACGACUUUGUAGAACGUGUCUGGGGUUUCCUGAGCGUCAAGGACGGUCUUCGGUCACGGCUACGCAGUCAAACCAGCAAGGAGAGGGAAAACCACACCAUACAGGCCACCAACUUGUCUCUGACCUACCACUUCCUCACUCCCCUCACCAACAUAGUGGUGGAGAAGCCUGAGGUCCUAGCUGAUGGUACCAUGGCGCCAUCACCCACCGUCACUCCAGGGGCUGGAAAAGCUGCCUCAUCUGCUAAUGAACUACCAGAAGAUACAGAGGAUGGAAACUCACAGAGGCCUGAUGGGAUGAAACCAGGCGGCCAGAGUUCAAGUCAUGGCAGUACCAUGGGCAAACUUGAGAGACGACCAGCCAAGAAAUCCAUCACCAUCUCCAAAACUUCAGCUGAUGGUGACCCCCACUUUGUGGUUGAGUUCCCCCUUAGUAAACUGACUGUGUGUUUUAACAUCAAUGGUGAGCCUGGACACAUCCUUCGCCUGGUCUCUGAUCACAAGUACUCUGGGGUGACAGUAAAUGGAAAGCUAAUUGGUGCCCCAGCACCCUCAGGCAGCCAUAAGCAGCAGCGUACUUACUUCAGCACCAUUACCAUUGUGGUGAAUCAUCCAAAACGAGCCUACAUUGAAGUGACACCCAAGAAGGUCAUCCUGGAUGGGAGGGACCGCAUGGUUCUGGCCUGCCACUCCACGGUCACUGUGGACAGUGGUGCUCUGACAGUGGCCAUCGUAGGGAAGUCAAAUGUGACGGUAUCAAUUGGAGGAAACAUCACCUUCGUCAUCUUGCUGCACCAGUACAAAAACCCCGCACCCUACCAGAGGGACCAUCUGGGGUUCUACAUCGCCAACAGCAAGGGGCUGUCACCCAACUGCCACGGCCUGCUGGGUCAGUUCCUGUAUGAGGAAGUGGGACUGGGAGAGCUCCCAGUACAAGAGGACAUGAAACCAUUGCCAGUGCUGAAGGUGAAGGACCGCUCGGUGCCGGUGGUCCAAAAGAGCAGAAGGAUCUACAGCGGGACGCAGAACGUAGACUGCUGGUUCGCCAGGAACAAUGCAGCCAAGCUCAUAGACGGACAGUACGAGGACUAUUUGAUGUCACACAUGUUCGACACAGGAGAGUGGCCACAUGGGACUAACAGAGUGUGAGACAACAGCCAUGAACUGGCAUUUAAUUAUGUGACUUAACUCAUUUUAGAAUGAAUCCACAAAUAUGGCAUCCACAGACACAAAAGGCUUCAAAUCUUCACAAGUCAGUUUCCCUCCUGCCCAGUUUUCUAUUUUGAAUAUAUUUUUAUACUAUUUCUAAUAGAAAUUUAAUGCUUUUACUACAACUUUGGAAGAAACUAUUGGACCACUUUGACAAAGUAGUGCAUAGUCAAUAUUAGUCGUAAUUCUUUAAAGUCUUCAGGGUCUCAAAUCUGGCAAGAGGCACAUGAAAUGUUUACUGUAUAAAUGUAAUAACUUAUAACUAAAUGAAAGA